UCUCCUUCCCUUGCAGCCACACGGCUUAUAACCGGCCUUCCUAAUGGCUAAAGGCAGAUAAGGCGAUUGCUGCUGGGUCCUGCUCAGUCAUCGGAGACAAGAUAGGCUCCUGGCCGGUCCCUCCACCCACCAAGAGCAGUCAGGUUCGCGGUUGGGAGGUCAUGAACAACGCAGGAGGGCUCUUCUCCCUGCCCGCCAUGCAGCUACAGUCAGGUGACAGAGUUAGUGCUUGAUAACUGCCGAUCCAGCAAUGGCGAAAUUGAAGGUCUGAAUGACUCCUUUAAAGAGCUGGAGUUUCUCAGCAUGGCCAACGUAGAGCUGACAUCCCUGGCCAAGCUCCCCACCUUGAGUAAGCUCCGAAAGCUGGAAUUGAGCGACAAUGUCAUUUCGGGAGGCCUAGAGGUCCUGGCAGAAAGAUGUCCAAAUCUCACAUAUCUAAAUCUAAGUGGCAACAAAAUCAAAGAUCUCAGCACUGUGGAAGCCCUUCAAAAUCUCAAAAACUUGAAGAGCCUGGACUUGUUCAACUGUGACGUCACAAACCUGGAGGAUUACAGGGAAAGCGUUUUUGAGCUGCUUCAACAGAUCACCUACCUAGAUGGGUUUGAUCAGGAAGAUAACGAGGCCCCUGACUCAGAAGAUGAGGAUGAUGAAGAAGGGGAUGAGGAGGAUGAAGAAGAUGAAGAUGAAGCUGGUCCACCAGGAGAAUACGAAGAAGAUGAAGAUGAUGCGGGUUCAGAUUUGGGGGAGGGUGAAGAGGAGGAAGAAGUUGGUCUUUCAUACCUGAUGAAGGAGGAGAUCCAGGAUGAAGAUGAUGACGACGAUUACGUCGAAGAAGGUGGCGAUGAGGAGGAAGAAGCUGAGGGUGUCCGAGGGGAGAAGAGGAAACGAGAACCUGAAGAUGAAGGCGAAGAAGAGGAUGAUUAAUUUGUUACAGAAACAAAUAGGACCAGACUCUUAAGUUACAGAAUACGCAAUAGUGAUCAUGUACCAUAGAUGUCCCUACAGAAAAUAACAUGUUAACUUUUUAUAGGAAAGGUGUGGUUUUACUAUUCUUGCCCUUUUUAUCAUUCCGAAUAUUAUGUAAUAACCUUGUUAGUGAAAUAUGUAGAAAACAAUUUUCAACCCUAUAAUCACUGAAUUCAUUGUCAAGUUUUUCCCUAGAAUUUUUUUUGAAUUUUUGUUUUAUACAAGCUUGCUGUGUUGGUCAUUAUUAACCCACAAUUAAGACGAGAAGUGUUUUACAUGGGUUUAGUAUGGUGGAUUUUAUUCAGUAUUUUAAAACUAUACGUAAGCUGAAAUCAAAGAUACUUUAUGAUAAAAAUCAAGUCUCUAUGAAAUGAGAAGUAGUUCUAUCCAACUGAGCUUGACCACGAGUUCAGCCUGAGAUCAAUACCUUGACUACACCUUAUUUUAACUUGUUAAAUUGUGACUUUUUUUUUAAGAGGGUCUUG